AUGCCUAACAGAGUCACGUCUCCGGCUAUCCAGCUCUUCAUGACUGAUGAGCAGAAGGCAGAAACACUGACCGUCCCCGUCGACACAGCACCGAUACUCAAAUAUGACGAAGGGAGUCGAGCUUGGGGCACUGUCAUUGGCUCAUGGAUGGUCCAAUUCUGUGUCAUCGGGCUACCGCUAUCGUUUGGUGUCAUGGAGAGCUUCUACGCGCGGGACUAUCUCGUGAAUUUUACCCCGUCUACUAUCAACUGGAUUGGUUCUGUUCAGUUUUGCUUCAUGUACUUAUUGGGACUGACUGUCGCUGGCUUCUUUGACGCCGGUUACUUUCAUGUCAUCUCCAUCGCAGGAAGUACUCUAUUCGUAUUCAGCAUGUUCAUGCUAUCCCUCGCCAAAAGAGGGAAAUACUACCAAAUCUUUCUAUCUCAAGGGCUUGGGAUGAGCAUUGCAACAGGUGUCAUGUACACUCCGACAUCUUCUGUCGUCGCGCACCACUUCAAACGCAGGCGAGGGCUGGCCAUGGGUAUCAUCACCACCGGCAGCGCUGUGGGAGGGUUCUUCUUCUCUAUCAUACUCGGGCAAUUCCUGGACGGCCCAAUCGGUUUCGCUUGGGGUAUCCGUAUCUGUGCAUUCAUAAGCCUGGCAUUUCUCAUCGUGGCGAACGGACUUAUGCGUACCAACUACCCGCCACGCGCACCCUCCACUCUCCCCGCCAAGACGAACAAACCCCUCAGCUCCCUCAUCCGCUCCCCAGCGUACGUCUUCAUGAUCGCAUUCGGUCUGGUCAUCUCGCUCGCCCUUUAUAACCCCAUGUUCUCGGUGCAGCUAUUUGCCGGCGAGCAGGAUAAUAUAUCGGAGAAUCUGACUAAGUAUUUGCUGGCAAUCAUCAACUUAACAAGCACGCUCGGCCGGACGAUACCUAAUUUCUUCGCCGAUCGAUAUGGCGUGUUCCCGGUGUACAUCCCGUGUGUGGCUGCAGCAGGCAUUCUUGCUUUAGUCAUGCAGGUUUGCACGACAGCUGCCUCAAUCACUGUGUUUUGUGUCCUAUACGGCUUCUUCUCCGGAACUGCUGUCUCCUUGUUCUUCCCCGCAGUACUCUCUUUGGAUCCAGACAUGACUCGCUCAGGGCUUCGAUUGGCGAUGGCUUCAGUCCCCGUCGGCAUUGCUUCCCUUGUAGGCACACCUAUAGCGGCGGCAAUCGUCGGCAAUGAUCAUCAGUGGUGGAAAGGAAGUGUAUUCACCGGGGUGCUGGAGUUAGCUGCAUCCGGGCUGCUGCUCGCUGUAUACCUCACCAAAGACCGGGAUGUUUCCCCUUGA